AUGGAAAAUCUGGCCAGGGUCAUCAUCGGUGUUGCUCUUGAAGUGGCACAAAUCUUGCAGAGGCGCAAACUCGCAAGCCUUGCGAGCUGCGCAUGCGCGAGCUCCAACGCCAGCAGAUUCAACACCACGACCCCGGCCACAGCCAUCGUGAAUCCCGCCGAGGGUAUCCUGAACCCGGCUGAGGACAUAGAGCUUCCCCAUCUCUCGGCGAGCUUUACCCUUGGAAAUCAAGCUGGCCACAUCUGGGACCUGCGUCCCGAGAUCGAGGCACUCCAGGGCCAGGUGGCCCAGCUGCAGGCCCAGGGGCGACAGACUGGCGCCGUGCCCAACUCCGAUCGGCAGCCCCGCGCCCCUGAGAACCCAUACGAAACGGGAGAAUGGCGGUAG